AUGUACGCCGCUGGCGAUCAAAAGUCGGCGCCCGGCCGACUCUGCGCCGUGCCCAUGUCGAAGCGCUUCAUCGUCGCCAUCCUGGCCGCCGUCGGCUUCGUCUGGAUCCUGCUGCAGAGCCACCGCAUCCAGCCCGUCCGCGACCGCGCCAAGGCCCUGUACACAAACAACAUCCUCGACAAGAUUAACAACAGCACGCUGGGCUUUGAGAAAAUCUACGUCAUGGGCCUCCCCUCGCGCACCGACCGACGCGACGGCAUGGCCCUCCAGGCCGCCCUGAGCGAGCUGACGAUUGAGUUCAUCGACGGCCCCAUGGGCGACAACAUUUCCGAAAAGGCCGUUCCCGUCGCCGAGGACGGCAAGCACCUCACCGGCGGCGAGCUCGGCUGCUGGCGCGGCCACAUCAACGCUCUCCAAGAGAUCGUCCGCCUCAACAUUACAUCCGCGCUCAUCCUCGAAGACGACUCCGACUGGGACGUCCGCAUCCGCUCCAUCAUGCAGGACCUCGCCAUCUCGACGCAGGCCCUCACGCAGCCCCUCGCCGGCAGCACCGCCUCCUACGCCGACUCGACGUACCCCUCCAACGAGGAGCACCUCAACGCGACGGUGCCCGAGUUUGACAUCAACGCGCUCCCGCGCACCGUGACGCCGAAAAUCUCCCCCUACGGCGACGAGUGGGAGAUGAUGUGGCUCGGCCACUGCGGUAUGCGCUUCCCCGCCGCCGAGGAGGGCCUGCCCAUGGGCCGCGUCCUGCACAAGGACGACGCGACGGUGCCGCCCACCGGCCUCUGGUCGCUCGCGCCGCACCCCUACGAGCUCGUCGACCAGUACCCGAAGCGCACCCGCGCCGUGCACCACGCGUCGCAGGGCGUGUGCUCGCUGGGCUACGCCGUCACGCAAAAGGGCGCCCGCGGGCUGCUGCGCGAGAUUGGCCUGCGCGAGGUCCGCGACCCGCUCGACAUCCUGCUGCGCUUCUACUGCAUGGGGCUGAGCGGCCGCCGCAAGCACAACUGCAUCGCUGCACAGCCGCCGAUUUUCAACCAUCAUCGCCCCGCGGGCAUGAAGUCGGCGAAUAGCAACAUUGGCGACCACGGCGCCGAGUACCAGGCCGAGCCGCACACUGACAUGAUCCAGUGGAGCGUGCGUCUGAAUGCGGACGCCAUUAUGGAUGGCAAGACGGAAUUCCAGGACCUCUACACGUAG